AGCCAGACAUGGCGUGUGGCUUCCGCAGAUCUAUUGCCAGCCAGCUUUCCAGAGUGCUGGAUCUUCCACCAGAAAACUUGAUCAAAUCAAUAUCUGCAGUUCCAAUUUCCAGAAAAGAAGAAAUAGCUGACUUUCAGCUAUCUGUGGAUUCUUUACUGGAAAAUAGCAAUGACCCCGUAAGACCAGAUAUUCAAGUUCAAGCCAAGAAACUGGCAGAGAAGCUGAAAUGUGAUACAGUAGUGAGUGAAAUCAGCACUGGUCCAGGAACUGUGAAUUUCAAAAUAAACAGGGAACUACUAACAAAGGCUGUGUUACAUCAAGUAAUUGAAGAUGGCUCAAAAUAUGGACUAAAAAGUGAACUUUUCUCUGGUCUUCCCCCAAGGAAGGUUGUGGUUGAAUUCAGUUCACCUAAUGUUGCCAAAAAAUUUCAUGUUGGACAUUUGCGUUCCACCAUCAUAGGAAAUUUUAUAGCAAAUCUCAAAGAAGCUUUAGGACAUCAAGUAACAAGAAUAAAUUACCUUGGAGACUGGGGUAUGCAAUUCGGUCUUCUGGGAACAGGCUUUCAACUGUUUGGCUAUGAAGAAAAACUCCAGUCCAAUCCUUUGCAGCAUCUCUUUGAAGUUUAUGUACAAGUUAAUAAAGAAGCAGCAGACAAUAAAAAUAUAGCAAAAUUGGCCCAUGAAUUCUUCCAACGAUUAGAACUGGGUGACAUCCAAGCACUUUCACUGUGGCAAAGAUUUCGGGACUUGAGCAUUGAAGAGUACAUUCGGAUUUACCAGCGUUUAGGAAUAUACUUUGAUGAAUAUUCAGGAGAAUCAUUUUAUCGUGAAAAAUCUCAAGAAGUCUUAAAGUUGCUGGAAAGUAAAGGACUCCUACAGAAAACGAUAAAAGGAACAGCUAUAGUAGAUCUCUCUGGGAAUGGUGACCCCUCUUCAAUUUGUACUGUAAUGCGAAGUGAUGGGACUUCUCUCUAUGCAACCAGAGAUAUAGCAGCUGCUAUAGAUCGAAUGGACAAGUAUAAUUUUGAUACAAUGAUUUAUGUGACAGAUAAAGGGCAAAAAAAGCAUUUUCAGCAAGUAUUCCAAAUGCUGAAGAUCAUGGGAUAUGAUUGGGCAGAAAGGUGCCAGCACGUGCCCUUUGGAGUAGUCCAAGGAAUGAAGACAAGAAGGGGAGAUGUCACUUUUCUGGAAGAUGUCUUAAAUGAGAUUCGACUAAGGAUGCUACAGAAUAUGGCUUCCAUUAAAACAACUAAAGAACUCGAGAACCCACAAGAGACUGCAGAGAGGGUUGGGCUUGCAGCGCUCAUUAUUCAGGACUUCAGAGGUUUACUCUUAUCGGAUUAUCAGUUCAGCUGGGAUCGUGUUUUCCAGAGUCGUGGGGAUACAGGAGUCUUCCUUCAGUACACGCACGCCCGCCUCCACAGUUUGGAAGAGACUUUUGGAUCUGGUUAUCUGAAUGACCUCAACACUGCUUGCUUACAAGAGCCACAGUCUGUUUCAAUUCUCCAGCAUCUUCUCAGGUUCGACGAAGUGCUUUUUAAAUCAUCUCAGGACCUUCAACCCAGGCACAUUGUUAGUUACCUUCUAACUCUAAGUCAUCUUGCAGCUGUGGCACACAAAACACUCCAAAUAAAAGAUAGUCCUCCUGAUGUGGCUGGGGCCAGACUUCAUCUUUUCAAAGCUGUCCGUUCUGUCUUGGCCAAUGGAAUGAAACUUCUUGGAAUAAUUCCUGUAUGUAGAAUGUAAUUUGUAAUUAAAAUGGUGUUUUAAAAUGCUAA